AUGGAUGAACAAAUUGCGGAUCAACGUGAACGUGAUGCACAGUUGCAGCAACCCAUUCAAAACUACGAAGUACAUCGGGUAUCUAUAAAGUUGCCACCAUUUUGGUUGGACAAACCUCGUUUAUGGUUCCUUCAGGCAGAAUCCCAGUUCACACUGUCCAACAUCGUAAACGAGAUAACCAAAUUCCAUCAUGUUGUGUCUCAAUUGGACCAACGCAUGGCAGCCGAAGUUGAGGACGUUAUUGCGAACCAUCCUCUGCUCAACCCAUACACGUUCUUGCGCGACAAGAUUAUUGAACGUUUAUCCGCGUCCGAGGAGCAACGCAUUCGACAGCUAAUCAGUACGGAGGAGCUCGGCGAUCGCAAACCGUCACAGUUUCUUCGCCAUAUCCGCUCUCUGGCGAAUGCGACAAUUUGUUGCGUCAAUUAUGGCUUCCUCGCCUUCCGCCAAAUUUUCAAACUAUUCUCGCAUCGCAACCGGAGUUGGCGCUUGACAAACAAGCUGAACUGGCUGACAAGCUUCCCCCUGGCACCAUUAAAAGAUCAGCCGCCUUACAACCUGUUCUCUCCAUAUCAAACAGACAACACUGUUGCUCUGCGCAGAGAAGCGGCCGCGCGCCACCCGUCUCCCAACACAGCCGCUGCCGCCGCCACCGCGUCAUCACGUCUUUUAGCCACCCUUUAUAAUCGUAAACGAUAUAAGAGAGAAGAAGAGAAGAUAUUGAUAACAGCAGCAACACGGCUAGCGGGACUGGUGUUACGUCAGAUUGAUCGCAGCAGUGAGAGUGAAAGAGAGAGAGCGAGGAGCAAGAAGCUAUUAGUGAAACCAGUUCAACAAGCGCUGCUCAGACACAGCUCAGUGUCGAACACGAAGAAGAAGAAGAAGGCGGCAGAAACAACAUCCGUCUAA